CGAUGUCUGUGUGUCCCCCUGGAUGUCUCCCCUGGAUGUCCCUGUGUCCCCAGGGGCAUCCCCAGGACUGUCCCCACCAAGUGCCCUCUGUCCUCUCCCCACAGGACCAUGACCCCGGGGCUGCCGCUGCUGCUGCUGGCGCUGGCACUGCCCCGGGGGGGCAUGGGGACCCCCCCGGUGCCCCCCCCGACCCCUCCCUGUGGGGCAGCGGCGCUGGUGGCCAUCCUGGCCCGGCUGAGGGAGCUGGAGGGACAAGUGCGGGCGCUGCAGGGCCAGUGCGGGGACAGCGCCGGCCCCCAGGCUGGCACCGGUCUGACGCUGUCCCGGGAGCUCUGUGGCUCCCCCGGGGCUGGGGGCUGCCCCUGUGCCCCCCCCUCGGCUGCACCCCCCGAGCCCCCCUGUCCCCGGGGCUGCAGUGACCAGGGCCGGUGCCGGGGGGGGCGCUGCCGCUGCUUCCCCGGCUACAGCGGCCCCCUGUGUGACACCCCAACCUGCCCCCCGGGCCGGGGCGGCCCCCACUGCGCCCUCGAGAUCCCCUCAGUGACACCGCGCCUGGCCACCCGCAACCAGACGUCCUUCCGUGUGGCCUGGCCUCGGCCCCCCGGGCCAGUGGAUGGCUACCAGGUGGCCCUUGUCCCUCUGGAUGAGCCAGCGGCGAUGAGCACCUAUGAGCUGCCUGGCUCUGCUGUCACCUUCGAGGUGACAGGGCUGGCACCAGGCCAUGCCUUCGAGCUCUUUGUCCAGGCCCAGAGGGAGAAGCACCUCGGGGCACCCGGCACCCUGCGUGUCCGCACCGCACUUGCCCAGACUGUGCCCACCUACAGGCCAUCCCCAGGCUCUCCUCAGGGCUCCCUGGGGUCCCCGGCGUCUCCAGUGGCCCCGGAGUCACCGUCAGCCCGAGGGUCUCCGGCAUCCCAGAGGCCCCCCGUGUCACCAGGGUCACCGAGGUCUUUGGGGUCACCGGCAUCACCAGUGUCACCAGAUGCAUCCUUGGGGUCACCAGGGUCUUUGGGGUCACCAGCAGCCCCAGCAUCUCGAGGCUCUCCAGCAUCCUCCAGGUCCCCAGUGUCACCAGAGUCCCCAGAACCCUCGGGACCACCCCUGUCCCCAAGGUCCCCAGAGGCACCAGCACCAAGAUCAGCUGCACCUCCACGGUCCCCAGCGUCACCACAGUCCCCCGUGUCCCCUCCAUCCCCGUGGUCCCCGGUGUCCCCAGUGUCCCCAGUUCUCCCUGAUGUCCCAUCCCUCCAUGACCUGGGAGCCAAGCUCUCCUCCUACAACGGCUCCUUGCUGCAACGCCUGGAGAGUCACCUCCGGGCCACCAACUUCCCCCUGCGUGGCAACCAGACGGUGCCAGCGGUGGCCCGCGCCAUCCUCUCCUACCUCCUGCGCCGCAGCCCUGCCCUGCUGCGCCAGCAGCUCCUGCGCCAGGCUCCCCAUCCCAAGCCCCAGCCCAUCCCAGGGGCUGCUGGAGAAGCCCUGGUGGACCUGGACGGGCUGAGGGGUCACGUAGAGACCGUGGUGAUCCGUUACCGGCCCCUGGAUGAGCCCCAGGGGGCCGAGGGGGAGCUGCAGGUGCCGGGGGACACGGCGGUGGCCCAAGUGCCGGGGCUGGUGCCGGGGGCCAGGUACCGGGUGGAGGUGCACGGCGUGGUGAGGGGGCACGUCUCCAAGUCCUACACGUUCCUGGUGACGGCAGGGGCAGGCGGCAGCGAUGAGCCCCCGCUGGACUGGGAACACGGGUAUGAGAUGGAGCUGACGGAGCCCCGAGGGACCGUGGCCAAAGCAGUGCCGUCCCCUCCAUCAGAGGAACCCCCAUCCCGGCCCCGCCUGGGCGAGCUGACGGCCUCCCAGGUCACCCCCAGCUCAGUGCAGCUGGAAUGGAAUGUCCUUGAAGGCACCUUUGACUCCUUCACGGUGCAGUACAGAGAUGACCACGGUCAACCUCAGGCACUUGCAGUCGAUGGCGGGUCCCGCACGCUGACGGUCCCUGGGCUGUCCCCGUCCCGCCGCUACAAGUUCAACCUCUACGGGCUGUGGGGGAGGAAACGGAUUGGUCUCAUCUCCACUGACAUUGUCACAGCUGCAGCAGAGGCAGAAGAACCCCCACGGCAGCCCAGGCUGGGCGAGCUGACGGCCUCCCAGGUCAGCCCCGACUCGGUGCAGCUGGAGUGGAGCGUCCCCGAGGGCACCUUUGACUCCUUCACGGUGCAGUACAGGGAUGGGCAAGGGCAGCCCCAGGUGCUGCCCGUGGACGGGGGUUCCCGCACGCUGACGGUCCCUGGGCUGUCCCCGUCCCACCGCUACAAGUUCAACCUCUACGGGCUGUGGGGGAGGAAACGGAUUGGUCCCAUCUCCACUGACAUUGUGCCAGCUGCAGCAGAGGCAGAAGAACCCCCACGGCAGCCCAGGCUGGGCGAGCUGACGGCCUCCCAGGUCAGCCCCGACUCGGUGCAGCUGGAGUGGAGCGUCCCCGAGGGCACCUUUGACUCCUUCACGGUGCAGUACAGGGAUGGGCAAGGGCAGCCCCAGGUGCUGCCCGUGGACGGGGGUUCCCGCACGCUGACGGUCCCUGGGCUGUCCCCGUCCCGCCGCUACAAGUUCAACCUCUACGGGCUGUGGGGGAGGAAACGGAUUGGUCCCAUCUCCACUGACAUUGUGCCAGCUGCAGCUGAUGCAGAGGAAGAACCCCCAUCCCAGCCCAGGCUGGGCCAGCUGACGGCCUCCCAGGUCACCUCUGAGUCUGUACAGCUGGAGUGGAGCGUCCCUGAGGGCACCUUUGACUCCUUCACAGUGCAGUACAGGGAUGGGCAAGGGCAGCCCCAGUCAGUGCUGGUGGAUGGAGGUUCCCACACAGUGACCAUCACGGGCCUGGCCCCAUCCCAACAAUAUCAGUUCUCCCUCUAUGGGGUUUGGGGGCAGAAUCGUCUGGGUCCCAUCUCUCUUGACACCAUCACAGCUGCAGCAGAGGCAGAAGAACCCCCACGGCAGCCCAGGCUGGGCGAGCUGACGGCCUCCCAGGUCAGCCCCGACUCGGUGCAGCUGGAGUGGAGCGUCCCCGAGGGCACCUUUGACUCCUUCACGGUGCAGUACAGGGAUGGGCAAGGGCAGCCCCAGGUGCUGCCCGUGGACGGGGGUUCCCGCACGCUGACGGUCCCUGGGCUGUCCCCGUCCCGCCGCUACAAGUUCAACCUCUACGGGCUGUGGGGGAGGAAACGGAUUGGUCCCAUCUCCACUGACAUUGUGCCAGCUGCAGCAGAGGCAGAAGAACCCCCACGGCAGCCCAGGCUGGGCGAGCUGACGGCCUCCCAGGUCAGCCCCGACUCGGUGCAGCUGGGGUGGAGCGUCCCCGAGGGCACCUUUGACUCCUUCACGGUGCAGUACAGGGAUGGGCAAGGGCAGCCCCAGGUGCUGCCCGUGGACGGGGGUUCCCGCACGCUGACGGUCCCUGGGCUGUCCCCGUCCCGCCGCUACAAGUUCAACCUCUACGGGCUGUGGGGGAGGAAACGGAUUGGUCCCAUCUCCACUGACAUUGUGCCAGCUGCAGCAGAGGCAGAAGAACCCCCACGACAGCCCAGGCUGGGCGAGCUGAUGGCCUCCCAGGUCAGCCCCGACUCGGUGCAGCUGGAGUGGAGCGUCCCCGAGGGCACCUUUGACUCCUUCACGGUGCAGUACAGGGAUGGGCAAGGGCAGCCCCAGGUGCUGCCCGUGGACGGGGGUUCCCGCACGCUGACGGUCCCUGGGCUGUCCCCGUCCCGCCGCUACAAGUUCAACCUCUACGGGCUGUGGGGGAGGAAACGGAUUGGUCCCAUCUCCACUGACGUUGUGCCAGCUGCAGCAGAGGCAGAAGAACCCCCACAGCAGCCCAGGCUGGGCGAGCUGACGGCCUCCCAGGUCAGCCCCGACUCGGUGCAGCUGGAGUGGAGCGUCCCCGAGGGCACCUUUGACUCCUUCACGGUGCAGUACAGGGAUGGGCAAGGGCAGCCCCAGGUGCUGCCCGUGGACGGGGGUUCCCGCACGCUGACGGUCCCUGGGCUGUCCCCGUCCCGCCGCUACAAGUUCAACCUCUACGGGCUGUGGGGGAGGAAACGGAUUGGUCCCAUCUCCACUGACAUUGUGCCAGCUGCAGCAGAGGCAGAAGAACCCCCACGACAGCCCAGGCUGGGCGAGCUGACGGCCUCCCAGGUCAGCCCCGACUCGGUGCAGCUGGAGUGGAGCGUCCCCGAGGGCACCUUUGACUCCUUCACGGUGCAGUACAGGGAUGGGCAAGGGCAGCCCCAGGUGCUGCCCGUGGACGGGGGUUCCCGCACGCUGACGGUCCCUGGGCUGUCCCCGUCCCGCCGCUACAAGUUCAACCUCUACGGGCUGUGGGGGAGGAAACGGAUUGGUCCCAUCUCCACUGACAUUGUGCCAGCUGCAGCUGAUGCAGAGGAAGAACCCCCAUCCCAGCCCAGGCUGGGCGAGCUGACGGCCUCCCAGGUCACCUCUGAGUCUGUACAGCUGGAGUGGAGCGUCCCUGAGGGCACCUUUGACUCCUUCACAGUGCAGUACAGGGAUGGGCAAGGGCAGCCCCAGUCAGUGCUGGUGGAUGGAGGUUCCCACACAGUGACCAUCAUGGGCCUGGCCCCAUCCCAACAAUAUCAGUUCUCCCUCUAUGGGGUUUGGGGGCAGAAUCGUCUGGGUCCCAUCUCUCUUGACACCAUCACAGCCCCAGCUUCAGCACAGGAGGAGUCCCCAUCCCAGCCCAGGCUGGGCGAGCUGACGGCCUCCCAGGUCAGCCCCGACUCGGUGCAGCUGGAGUGGAGCGUCCCCGAGGGCACCUUUGACUCCUUCACGGUGCAGUACAGGGAUGGGCAAGGGCAGCCCCAGGUGCUGCCCGUGGACGGGGGUUCCCGCACGCUGACGGUCCCUGGGCUGUCCCCGUCCCACCGCUACAAGUUCAACCUCUACGGGCUGUGGGGGAGGAAACGGAUUGGUCCCAUCUCCACUGACAUUGUGCCAGCUGCAGCAGAGGCAGAAGAACCCCCACGGCAGCCCAGGCUGGGCGAGCUGACGGCCUCCCAGGUCAGCCCCGACUCGGUGCAGCUGGAGUGGAGCGUCCCCGAGGGCACCUUUGACUCCUUCACGGUGCAGUACAGGGAUGGGCAAGGGCAGCCCCAGGUGCUGCCCGUGGACGGGGGUUCCCGCACGCUGACGGUCCCUGGGCUGUCCCCGUCCCGCCGCUACAAGUUCAACCUCUACGGGCUGUGGGGGAGGAAACGGAUUGGUCCCAUCUCCACUGACAUUGUGCCAGCUGCAGCAGAGGCAGAAGAACCCCCACGGCAGCCCAGGCUGGGCGAGCUGAUGGCCUCCCAGGUCAGCCCCGACUCGGUGCAGCUGGAGUGGAGCGUCCCCGAGGGCACCUUUGACUCCUUCACGGUGCAGUACAGGGAUGGGCAAGGGCAGCCCCAGGUGCUGCCCGUGGACGGGGGUUCCCGCACGCUGACGGUCCCUGGGCUGUCCCCGUCCCGCCGCUACAAGUUCAACCUCUACGGGCUGUGGGGGAGGAAACGGAUUGGUCCCAUCUCCACUGACAUUGUGCCAGCUGCAGCAGAGGCAGAAGAACCCCCACGGCAGCCCAGGCUGGGCGAGCUGACGGCCUCCCAGGUCAGCCCCGACUCGGUGCAGCUGGAGUGGAGCGUCCCCGAGGGCACCUUUGACUCCUUCACGGUGCAGUACAGGGAUGGGCAAGGGCAGCCCCAGGUGCUGCCCGUGGACGGGGGUUCCCGCACGCUGACGGUCCCUGGGCUGUCCCCGUCCCGCCGCUACAAGUUCAACCUCUACGGGCUGUGGGGGAGGAAACGGAUUGGUCCCAUCUCCACUGACAUUGUGCCAGCUGCAGCUGAUGCAGAGGAAGAACCCCCAUCCCAGCCCAGACUGGGCCAGCUGACGGCCUCCCAGGUCACCUCUGAGUCUGUACAGCUGGAGUGGAGCGUCCCUGAGGGCACCUUUGACUCCUUCACAGUGCAGUACAGGGAUGGGCAAGGGCAGCCCCAGUCAGUGCUGGUGGAUGGAGGUUCCCACACAGUGACCAUCAUGGGCCUGGCCCCAUCCCAACAAUAUCAGUUCUCCCUCUAUGGGGUUUGGGGGCAGAAUCGUCUGGGUCCCAUCUCUCUUGACAUCAUCACAGCCCCAGCUUCAGCACAGGAGGAGUCCCCAUCCCAGCCCAGGCUGGGCGAGCUGACGGCCUCCCAGGUCAGCCCCGACUCGGUGCAGCUGGAGUGGAGCGUCCCCGAGGGCACCUUUGACUCCUUCACGGUGCAGUACAGGGAUGGGCAAGGGCAGCCCCAGGUGCUGCCCGUGGACGGGGGUUCCCGCACGCUGACGGUCCCUGGGCUGUCCCCGUCCCGCCGCUACAAGUUCAACCUCUACGGGCUGUGGGGGAGGAAACGGAUUGGUCCCAUCUCCACUGACAUUGUGCCAGCUGCAGCUGAUGCAGAGGAAGAACCCCCAUCCCAGCCCAGACUGGGCGAGCUGACGGCCUCCCAGGUCACCUCUGAGUCUGUACAGCUGGAGUGGAGCGUCCCUGAGGGCACCUUUGACUCCUUCACAGUGCAGUACAGGGAUGGGCAAGGGCAGCCCCAGUCAGUGCUGGUGGAUGGAGGUUCCCACACAGUGACCAUCAUGGGCCUGGCCCCAUCCCAACAAUAUCAGUUCUCCCUCUAUGGGGUUUGGGGGCAGAAUCGUCUGGGUCCCAUCUCUCUUGACACCAUCACAGCCCCAGCUUCAGCACAGGAGGAGUCCCCAUCCCAGCCCAGGCUGGGCGAGCUGACGGCCUCCCAGGUCAGCCCCGACUCGGUGCAGCUGGAGUGGAGCGUCCCCGAGGGCACCUUUGACUCCUUCACAGUGCAGUACAGGGAUGGGCAAGGGCAGCCCCAGGUGCUGCCCGUGGACGGGGGUUCCCGCACGCUGACGGUCCCUGGGCUGUCCCCGUCCCGCCGCUACAAGUUCAACCUCUACGGGCUGUGGGGGAGGAAACGGAUUGGUCCCAUCUCCACUGACAUUGUGCCAGCUGUAGCAGAGGCAGAAGAACCCCCAUCCCAGCCCAGGCUGGGCGAGCUGACGGCCUCCCAGGUCAGCCCCGACUCGGUGCAGCUGGAGUGGAGCGUCCCCGAGGGCACCUUUGACUCCUUCACGGUGCAGUACAGGGAUGGGCAAGGGCAGCCCCAGGUGCUGCCCGUGGACGGGGGUUCCCGCACGCUGACGGUCCCUGGGCUGUCCCCGUCCCGCCGCUACAAGUUCAACCUCUACGGGCUGUGGGGGAGGAAACGGAUUGGUCCCAUCUCCACUGACAUUGUGCCAGCUGUAGCAGAGGCAGAAGAACCCCCACGGCAGCCCAGGCUGGGCGAGCUGACGGCCUCCCAGGUCAGCCCCGACUCGGUGCAGCUGGAGUGGAGCGUCCCCGAGGGCACCUUUGACUCCUUCACGGUGCAGUACAGGGAUGGGCAAGGGCAGCCCCAGGUGCUGCCCGUGGACGGGGGUUCCCGCACGCUGACGGUCCCUGGGCUGUCCCCGUCCCGCCGCUACAAGUUCAACCUCUACGGGCUGUGGGGGAGGAAACGGAUUGGUCCCAUCUCCACUGACAUUGUGCCAGCUGCAGCAGAGGCAGAAGAACCCCCACAGCAGCCCAGGCUGGGCGAGCUGACGGCCUCCCAGGUCAGCCCCGACUCGGUGCAGCUGGAGUGGAGCGUCCCCGAGGGCACCUUUGACUCCUUCACGGUGCAGUACAGGGAUGGGCAAGGGCAGCCCCAGGUGCUGCCCGUGGACGGGGGUUCCCGCACGCUGACGGUCCCUGGGCUGUCCCCGUCCCGCCGCUACAAGUUCAACCUCUACGGGCUGUGGGGGAGGAAACGGAUUGGUCCCAUCUCCACUGACAUUGUGCCAGCUGCAGCAGAGGCAGCAGAACCCCCACGGCAGCCCAGGCUGGGCGAGCUGACGGCCUCCCAGGUCAGCCCCGACUCGGUGCAGCUGGAGUGGAGCGUCCCCGAGGGCACCUUUGACUCCUUCACGGUGCAGUACAGGGAUGGGCAAGGGCAGCCCCAGGUGCUGCCCGUGGACGGGGGUUCCCGCACGCUGACGGUCCCUGGGCUGUCCCCGUCCCGCCGCUACAAGUUCAACCUCUACGGGCUGUGGGGGAGGAAACGGAUUGGUCCCAUCUCCACUGACAUUGUGCCAGGUGCCCCAGGGACCCUCUGGGUCGGGGCCGUGUGGCCCCGCAGCGCCCAACUGCACUGGGACCCCGUCCGUGCCCCCCCCGACGGCUACGACCUCCUGUACGGCCCCCCCGGGGAGCCCAACCAGACGUUGCAGCUGCCCCCCAAUGCCACGUCCCACGUGCUGUGGGGUCUGGAGCCAGAGGGACGUUACGGGGUGCAGCUGAGGGGCCGGGGGGGGGACACCCCCCAAACCCCCCUGGAGGUCACCUUUGACACCCCUCCCCUCCCCUACUCCCACCCCCGGGACUGCGCCGAGGAGCAGCUCAACGGGCCCGGCCCCUCCCGCGAGACCCUCAUCUUCCUCGGGGGGGACCCCGAGAGACCCCUCCGCGUCUACUGCGACAUGGAGACCGACGGCGGCGGCUGGCUGGUGUUCCAGCGGCGCCAGGACGGGGGCACCGACUUCUGGCGGGACUGGGACCAGUAUGCGGCGGGGUUUGGCAACACCAGCGGCGAGUUCUGGCUCGGGAACGACGCGCUGCACGCGCUGACCUGGGGCCGCCCCACGGAGCUGCGCGUGGAGCUGCGCACGCGCCACGAGCGCGCCUUCGCCCGGUACCGGCACUUCAGCGUGGCGGGGCCCGGCCAGCACUACCGGCUGCGGCUCGGCGCCUACAGCGGCACCGCGGGGGACGCUCUCUCCUACCACUCGGGCAGCCCCUUCUCCACCCGGGACCGGGACCCCCGCGGCCGCCCCAGGCCCUGCGCCGUGGCCUACACGGGGGGCUGGUGGUACCACAACUGCCACUAUGCCAACCUCAACGGGCGCUACGACACGAACCGCGACCACCAGGGUCUCAACUGGUUUCCCUGGAAGGGUUUCGACUUCUCCAUCCCCUUCACCGAGAUGAAGCUGCGGCCGCAGCGCGACUGA